AUGGAGAACACAAAUUUGAAAGCUAACACCAAUAACACUUGCGAACAAGAAGAUCUUACACAGAACCCUAGGACGGGGAUCAAUGAUAAUAACAAUAAUACCUCGUCAGAUGACGUCUUAAUAAAUAGCAAUGGUGAUGCUGAGAACAAUCGGCGUCAGAGAACUCCAUUUACGGACCUCAGUCAGGUCGAUGCUGAUCUCGCCCUUGCCCGCACCCUCCAAGAACAGGAAAGGGCAUACAUGAUGCUGAGAAUGCACAGCGGCAGUGAUUAUGGAAGUUGGGACGCUGGUAGUUAUGGGCAUGAUGAAGACGACGACGACGACGAUGAUGAUGCCGACAAUUUUGAUGAUGCCAGUGAAAAGGAUUAUAAUGGUACUCAUCUAGAGGUGGAUGUUGAUGCAGAAGAUGCAUUUGAUGUGCAUGCUCAUGCUGAAGGAUGUGAGGAUGAGAACCAAGCUGUUGAACUUGACCCUCUGGCUUUUUCAAGUGAUGAGGCCUAUGCUAGGGCCUUACAAGAUGCUGAAGAACGGGAAAUGGCAGCUAGGUUGUUAGCUCUAGCUGGAUUUAAUGAAAUGAUAGUUGGGGAUGCCGAGGAUGAAUACGAGGAUCAUGAUGAUAAUUCUCAGGAUGCAUGGGAGGAAGUUGAUCCAGAGGAACUAUCAUAUGAGGAAUUACUUGCCCUGGGUGAAGUUGUUGGGACAGAGAGCAGGGGUCUACCUGCUGAAACAAUUGCCUCUCUGCCUUCAGUCAAUUAUAAAUCACAAAGCAUUCAGGACGGAAACAAUGAUUCCUGUGUUAUAUGUAGGUUGGAAUACGAGGAGGGUGACACCUUGACUGUGCUUUCCUGCAAACAUUCUUACCAUCCUGAGUGUAUAAAUAAUUGGUUAAGAAUAAACAAGGUUUGUCCGGUAUGCAGUGCUGAAGUCGUCUCCUCUUCGGUAAACAGCUAG